AUGAAUACAAAAAGGCAGAAUCGAGAGCUACCCCGCGAUCUCGUGGAGGAGAUACUGGUGAGACUUGCCGUAAAACCACUCUUUAGAUUCAAAUCCGUUUCGAAGUUGUGGAGAUCAACGAUCGAGUCGCGCUUGUUUGGGGAGAGACACUGGUUGAAGCGAUCCCAUGAUCAGCUUGCAGUUGCAUCCAUCUACGCGGUUAAACCGGCCACAGGGUGGUUCCAACAGAUCCUUUCUCCGUCGAGUCUCUAA